AUGGGCGGCCCCAAUCUCGAAGUAUUCAAAUUCGGCAUGUACAUCAUGUUCCCCAUCGGCUUCAUGUACUACUUCGGCAUCAACCUCGACUCACGAUUCGCCGUGCCCGAUUUCUGGCCCAAGCGAAGCCAAACACACGACAUCCCCUUCGACAGAGAGGACAUUGCAGAGGAGCUGGCAAGAUUGAAGGAGAGGAGACUGGCCGCGAGGGCGAGGAGAUUGGCGAUUGAAGAGCAGGGUGGGAGUACGGAGGUUACGAGGCAUCAGGAGGAGGAGUUGAGGGCGCCGAGGCCGGAGAUUUUGGAGGCGACGAAGGUGCAUGCUAUUGCUGAGGGGGAGAAGAGGGAGGGUGCUGGGAAGGGGUGGAUGGUUGGAACACGUUGA